UCUUUCUCAAUUACUUAAACCGCCCCCACACAUCAAUUCAAAAAAUCCCAAAUUAAAAUUUCUAGGGUUUCAUUCCAUUAAUUAAUUAAUUUCAUCAAUUCAAUCAAUUAAUCCAACUGCAAUGGCGGACGAACAAUCAAUCCCAACCACGCCGCCAAUCACGGGAAACACAUCGCCGUUAGGCCACAACGUGAUUCCAAUUGUGAACAAAUUACAAGACAUAUUCGCGCAAUUAGGAAGCAGUUCAACAAUUGAGCUGCCACAAGUGGCGGUUGUCGGUAGUCAAAGUAGCGGCAAAUCGAGUGUUCUAGAAGCACUUGUUGGCCGUGAUUUCUUGCCACGUGGAUCCGAUAUUUGCACGCGCCGCCCGCUUGUGCUUCAACUUCUUCAGAUUAAGAGAAAAAGUGAUGGAAUUGAUGAAGAGUAUGGAGAGUUUUUGCAUUUGCCUGGCAAACGCUUUCAUGAUUUUAAUGAAAUUCGUAGAGAAAUUCAGGCUGAGACUGACAGGGAAGCAGGCGGAAACAAGGGUGUCUCUGACAAGCAGAUUCGUUUAAAGAUUUUCUCACCGAAUGUUCUUGACAUAACGCUGGUUGAUUUGCCAGGCAUAACAAAAGUUCCUGUUGGUGACCAACCCUCUGAUAUUGAAGCUCGUAUAAGAACAAUGAUAAUGUCGUAUAUUAAACUUCCCAGCUGUUUAAUACUUGCCGUGACACCAGCAAAUUCUGACCUUGCCAACUCAGACGCACUUCAGAUUGCUGGAAAUGCUGAUCCAGAUGGUUACCGAACAAUUGGUGUGAUAACAAAGCUGGAUAUUAUGGACAGAGGUACUGAUGCUCGUAAUUUCUUGCUGGGAAAAGUGAUACCUCUCCGACUUGGUUAUGUGGGGGUUGUAAAUCGCAGUCAAGAGGAUAUUAUGCUUAACCGGACCAUUAAAGAUGCACUUGUUGCUGAGGAGAAAUUCUUUCGCAGUCGUCCGGUUUAUAAUGAGCUUUCUGAUCGUUGUGGAGUCCCUCAACUGGCAAAAAAGUUGAACCAGAUUCUAGUACAACAUAUCAAAACGGUGCUACCAGGGCUGAAGUCUCGCAUUAGUGCAAAUUUAGUAUCCGUGGCAAAGGAGCAUGCUAGUUAUGGAGAGAUCACAGAGUCAAAGGCUGGCAUGGGAGCUCUUCUUCUAAAUAUUCUUUCCAAGUAUUCGGAAGCCUUUUCAUCACUGAUUGAGGGUAAAAGUGAAGAGAUGUCAACAUCUGAGUUAUCUGGAGGAGCUAGAAUUCACUAUAUUUUCCAGUCAAUUUUUGUUAAGAGCUUGGAGGAGGUUGAUCCGUGUGAGGACUUGACCGAUGAUGACAUUCGGACUGCCAUACAGAAUGCAACUGGUCCUAGAUCUGCAUUAUUUGUGCCAGAAGUUCCAUUUGAAGUUCUUAUUAGAAGACAAAUCGUUCGCUUGUUAGAUCCAAGUGUUCAGUGUGCAAGAUUUAUUUAUGAUGAGUUAAUAAAGAUGAGCCAUCGCUGUAUGGUUAAUGAGCUACAAAGGUUCCCCGUACUCAGGAAGCGAAUGGAUGAUGUUAUUGGGAAUUUCUUACGAGAUGGUCUUCAACCUUCAGAGACCAUGAUUGGGCACAUUAUUGAAAUGGAGAUGGACUAUAUAAACACCUCGCAUCCAAAUUUUAUUGGUGGGAGUAAAGCCGUAGAAAUCGCAAUGCAACAAGUUAAGUCUUCUAGGGUUGCAACUACUAUCCCCAAGCAAAAGGAUGCUGCCGAACUUGACAAAGCAUCACAAUCGGAAAGAGGUACCAAGUCACGUGUGUUUGGCCGAUCGAGCAAUGGAGUCGUUACAGAGCAGCAUAAUCAGCCUGGGUCUCGGCCAGUUGGUGAGGUUGAGAAAUCGACAUCUGGAAGCACAAGCUGGGGAAUCUCAUCAAUUUUUGGUGGGUCAGAUAGUCGAAUGUCUGCCAAAGAGAACUCUGCAAACAAGCCAUUUAGUGAACCUGUUCAUACCAUGGAUCAUAUGGAGUAUCCAUCUUCAUUGAUCCACUUGAAGGAGCCACCAACAGUUUUGAGGCCCUCAGAUGCUAAUUCAGAGCAAGAGGCUAUUGAGAUUCACGUUACAAAGUUGCUGUUGCGAUCCUAUUAUGAUAUCGUCAGGAAGAACAUUGAGGACUACGUGCCCAAGGCCAUCAUGCACUUUUUGGUUAACCAUACAAAAAGAGAGUUGCACAAUAUCUUCAUUAAAAAGUUAUACAGAGACGAUUUGUUUGAACAAAUGUUGCAAGAACCCGAUGACAUUUCUAUAAAGAGAAAGCGUACCCGUGAACUGCUGCGCGUGCUCCAGCAAGCUUUUCGUACAUUGGAUGAAUUACCACUGGAAGCAGAAACAGUAGAGAGGGGUUACAGUUUGACGAAUAAUGAUACAACGGGUCUCCCUAAAAUUCACGGGUUUCCAUCCUCAUCAAUGUAUUCUUCUGCCAGUGGUUCAAUGGACUCAUACACCGCUUCUCCAAAGAAUCAAAGGUCACGCAAGUCUUCUCAUUCUGAAGAGUUGCAAUCACCUUUUUAUGGCAAUGUAGAAUCAAAUGGAAACAGUCGCAGUUCUCUUCUUGGUCUUUACCCAACACAUGAUCUGUAAACCACAUAAGAUAAUUGUGUUUACGGGGAUGCAUUAGAGAUGUCCUCUAUUAGGUAUUGAAGGUCGUAUUUAUGGAGCCAUAUGCUUAUUCUUUUUUAUUACAAUAUAAUGCAUUGUUUUGCUAAACUCUAUCAAGAAAAAAAUAGAGCACUCCAGUCUCUUGGAUUUUCGAAUCCUGCAAAAAAAAAUUCUCCAAGUCUUGAACUAGCAACAGUUUGUUGGCUUCAUAUCAAAUGCAUGGAAGGCUAAUGUACAGUUUCACAUUUUUGCAUUCUUGUAAUAUGAAUGUCUUUGGUUUUUUUCUGUUGUUUUCUUUAAUACAUUAUGUAAAUUAUGUUUUCACUCUUAUGGCCUAAUUUUGAUGAAUGAGCU